GCGGCCUGGCGGGAUCUCAGCAAAGAAAAACAAAAGUUAUUGCAUUUGGGGAUUAGCAAUGAAGUUGGGCAUUUGUAUUUUAUUUUAGUGUGUCGAAAGAUAUACACAAUUUUUAUGGCCUACUAGCAUGGACGAUCAAAAAAAGAAGUUAACCACAUCGGGCAAAGGCAGCAAUGCCAAAGAAAACAAAAAGUCAAGUGCUGGAAAAAGUGAGACAUCUCCAAGAAAGAGACAUUGUCCAACUAGUUCCAGGGAAAAUGUUCCAAGCAAAAAGCAAAGUGUUAAAAACUUCGCAGAAGAACUUGAAUGUGAAAAAUUCUUUGGGAAAAACACAAAACUAUAUCAAAAGAAUUUUGUUCAAGCUUUUUGUCAACAUGAAAGAGGCUACAACAAAUCCUCCGCUAUGCAAAGAGUAGUCGACUGGAAGCAUAAAUGGAAGUUGAGACGAUUCCAUAUCUUCAAGAAAAUGGAGUCACCUGACAAACGAGUCUCUGCAAUUCAAUGGCACCCAAGCAAGCCCAGCUGGUUGGGUAUCGGGGGGAGGACGGGAACGUUUUGGAUGUACAAUCAGUCCAUAGACUUAACGUACGAAGUAUAUUCAAGCAGUGAUCUUCUCAGUGAUGGCAUCCAAGGUAUCGGAUUUAACACGAGUCAAAAUGAAUAUGUUUAUACUGUCAGUAACAUAUCAUUGAAAUGCUGCAACUACAGAAGCUGGAAAAAAUCAAACCUUAUUUCCAUUGAUGAGGAGUACAACAGUUGCUGGCUGACGUGCAUGGACGUCCACAGGGAUGGCAAGAGUAUCUAUGUUGGCGAUGACAAAGGGGGGUUGGUGGUUCACCACCUGGACAGUGGUCAGAACAGCUGGAGGGAGGGCAAGGGCAAGAAACUGCAUACCUCCAAAAUCAGACACCUAGAAUUCAAUCCCCAGGACGCAAAUCUUAUGGUUACUGCUUCAUUAGAUAAGACCGUGAAGCUAUGGGACAUUCGUAUGUUGGACGACUGUGUACAGAGCUUGCAACAUGGGUUUGGUGUUGCAGCAGCAAAGUUUAGCCGAACUAAUGGCUGCUACCUGCUGAGCACUGACAUGAGUAACGAGUUACGAGUUUAUAAGGCUCCUCUUUGGCGGCUGGAGCACAAGAUUGAGCAUGAACACCGCUUCAUCCCGUCUCUCACCCACUUUAAGGCCAGCUGGCACCCACUUGCAGACCUGUUUCUGGUGGGGUCAUUUCCUGACAUACCUAUUGAGGACAAGCUGUUAUCUAAGGAACUGCGUGGUGUAGACGUGUACUCUGCGAAGACAGGACGUCUCUGUCAUCAGCUGACAGAAUCACGUCUACUGAUCAGUCUUUGCGAGUUUAACUGUGCAGGCCAAGUCUUGGCAACAAGUGCUUCAAGACUAGGAUACGUGAGUUUGUGGCACCAAAGAACAUAAAUUGGAACAUUAAUGUGUAAGUCCAAGGCACAUCAGAUUACUAAAAUAUAAAAUGUGUUAGGUCAUAUUACCAACCAACUGACCUUUAAAGAUCAUGAAAAUUACUUAAAAAGAUCCUAACUUAAUAGGCCCGAAGUCUGAACCUGGCUAAUUUGAAGUUUGCUCUGUUUAAAUAUCGUCAGCCAGGAGAUGAGUCAAAAUAUAAUCAGAACUAAAUAAAAGUAAUGUAUUUUGCACCUUAUACUUUUUAUGUAAGGUUUUCUAUUUUUGUUUAGCUAUUGAUUAUUUACAUGAAUUUUACGUGGAUAAUUUUUAUGAUCUAUAUAAUUACUAUAGACCAUCAUAUUACUACCACAUUUUAGAUAUAUUAAUAAAUAUCAGAUUUUAACUUGA